CAUUUUGAGUGGCAAUGGCAAUAAUUUUUCCUGUUCGCCGGCGCAAUACACAUUCAUGUCCGUAAAUGAAGAAUAGUAAACAUUGAUGUAUAAUAUAAAAUAGGUUCAUUUUAUUAUUAAGAUCUGAAGGAUGCGUUUAACUAGUGUGCUGCGGCAGAUCAACUAUCACCGACAUUUUAAAAGGGUAUGGGCAAGACAAGGGAAGCUUCAAGCACCUGAACUGGUUAUACCGCCAGAGCUCAUAGAAAUGAAAGUGGAGAUUAAAGAUGGCAAAAGUUUUUUGAAAGAAACACAAGGAUUGAAAAAAAGUGCAUCUAUUAAAGUCAUUCCUAAACCACCAUGUGUCUUUGAAAAGAAAAAAGUUACUUAUUUAAUGCACAACAAAACUAAAGUAUCUGAAAGUGAAAAUCAGAUUUUAGCUCUUACAAAAACUGUUUGUUACCGGGGUUUGCCUGAACAGCUGACUGGGUUAUUAAAUGCUGAAUCUUUUCCCAAUCAAGAUGAAUUGGUACAAAAAAGUGUCCUUCAAGCCCAGGUGUGGGAUGCUACCCAAGAUAAACUGCCUAAAGUGGUCGACGUAACUCGACCUGGUUUACCACAACGAAGAGUAUAUGGUAUACGUUAUAAGAAGAAAGUGUCUAGUUUAUUGGAAAAUCUUUCAGUUUUGUGUGAUAUAGCUACAGGAAAAUAUCCUGGUUCUUUAGAAAGGUUCAAAUUGACAGAAUGUUCCAGUGAACUAACCAUUGACAGAUGUGGAGAUCAAGUAAUUUUUCAGUUGCCAUGUGAGAUUGCAAUGACCUCCACUUCACCUUUGAAGAGGUUUUCUUCCAAAGAUGAAGUCAAUGAAACAGUAAAUUUAGAAGUUCCCAGUAUUUACCCUAUCAAACCAACUUUAGAUCUGGAGCAGUUAGAACAGUCUUCAUUGGAAAGGAGUGGAGUGCCAAUUGUUUUAGACAGUGAUCAUCUUCAUACUUUGUUCCUUGGUCAAAAGUCCUUUGGAUAUUGGAAUCCAAGACAAAUGCUUGCUAAAGCUAUCGGAACUUGUUUUGCAUAUACUGCCUCAGUAGCUCAAGAUAAAUAUGGGUUGGAUGUCAAGGUGCUACCAGAACCAAUAAUGGUUCAGUGCAUGUACUUGGACAUUAAAACGUUCAACUUCUUAACUUAUCAACUCAACACUCUGGAGCUUGCAGAUAACAAUGGCAUCAAAAACCAAGUGUGGGUGGACGAACCAGCAGACUUAUAUGAAAGUGUUUCGCAAGAUUCCCUAGUUACCAACUAUAAUCCAGCCGUUUUUCCAAAGAUGCUAGCCUUGCAUAUGAAUGGCUUGCAUCCAUAGAGUGUAAUUGCUGAUCAGUUAUGUGAAUAAAAUAA